AGCUUGAAGAAACCGUCAAGGGCUUCUUUCCGCCUCUCCCCUAAACAAAAGCUUUAGACAGUUGGCUCUCUUUUUCACGGCCCCUUCUUCCACCGCUUUUCCCCACCGUCCGCUCCCCCCACCUCUCUCUCUCUCUCUCUCUCUCUCUCUCUCUCUCUCUCCUUUUGCACUCGUAUAUAUACGCAAAUAGGAGAGAGACAGAGAGAUCUCUCUGUCGAACUUCUCUCUUUGUUCUGCUUACCCGUUUCCUCCUAUUUUUUGAGCCCUAACGAAGAGAAAAGAGAAAGCGAGCGAGAGAGGGAGGGCGAGAGAGAGACGCACACCCACACACACACAGAACAAAUACAGGCACAUGCUCCAUCUCCUGGUUAUUUUGUCCAUCUGCAGAAACCAAGUGCCGUGGACGAUCUUUAUUUGAGAAAAAAAAAUCAAGGAUGCGCAAGUGGUUGUGCUGUGUUUGUCAAGUAGAGGAGCCCUAUCAGUCAACUGAUAACGAGCCUUUCAAAAGUCCAGCGAACCAUAAUGAUGGAUAUCCAAAAGGGUCAAAGGCUUCUGCUCCCGUCAAGGCUGAAGUUCAAAAGGCAGUUCCACCUAUUGAAGUGCCAGCACUGUCCUUGGAUGAGCUGAAAGAAAAAACUGACAAUUUUGGCUCAAAAGCAUUGAUUGGGGAAGGAUCCUAUGGAAGAGUAUACUACGCAAAUCUAAGCAAUGGAAAAGCUGUGGCAGUUAAAAAGCUUGAUGUUGCGGCCGAGCCGGAGUCAAAUGUUGAGUUCUUGACUCAGGUUUCCACAGUUUCAAGGUUGAAACAUGAUAAUCUUGUUGAGUUGCAUGGUUACUGUGUAGAAGGAAAUAUCCGAGUGCUGGCAUAUGAAUUUGCAACCAUGGGUUCUCUUCAUGACAUCUUGCAUGGCAGAAAGGGAGUCCAAGGAGCUCAGCCAGGCCCCGUGCUGGACUGGAUGCAACGGGUUAGAAUUGCUGUUGAUGCCGCUAGGGGAUUGGAAUAUUUGCAUGAGAAGGUUCAACCUUCUAUAAUACACCGAGAUAUCAGAUCCAGUAAUGUGCUUCUAUUUGAAGAUUUCAAGGCAAAAAUUGCUGAUUUUAACCUUUCAAAUCAAGCCCCUGACAUGGCUGCUCGCCUUCAUUCUACAAGGGUCCUAGGAACAUUUGGCUAUCAUGCACCAGAAUAUGCAAUGACUGGACAAUUGACACAGAAGAGUGAUGUUUAUAGCUUUGGAGUGGUUCUGCUGGAGCUCCUGACUGGUCGGAAACCUGUUGAUCAUACCAUGCCUCGUGGACAACAGAGUCUUGUCACUUGGGCUACUCCAAGAUUAAGUGAAGACAAAGUUAAACAGUGUGUUGAUCUAAAGCUUAAGGGCGAGUAUCCUCCAAAAGGAGUUGCUAAGCUGGCAGCCGUGGCAGCAUUAUGUGUGCAGUAUGAGGCUGAGUUCCGGCCAAAUAUGAGCAUUGUAGUUAAGGCGCUCCAACCACUUCUGAAGUCUCCUGCACCUGCUCCAGAGAUUUAAGGGUCUAAUAAAAUUCGCUUUUCCUAACUGGAUUUGCAGCACAUGCCUACACAGUUUGGUUUCUAUUUUGUUGGGCUGCUCUAGAACUUGACUCCAUAUGAAUAUAUAAAGUUUUUUCAUUUUAUUUGUUCGUUGUGGAAUUGAGAUUGGAUGUGUAGAGGCUUGGUUUGCCCCCAUUUCAUCACACUUUUUGACUGGUUUGUUGAAACAGUUGCUGAUUAAUCUUGUGAUGGUGUGAGUUCCCAAAAUUGGUGGAUGGGAUGGAUGUUGGGAUUGAGUUUACUUGUGUGCUGCGCUGAAUGUACUAUUUUACUAUAGGAUCUUAAAUUUGGGCUGGCGUGAA